GAAAUGGUCAGCCAUGAGUCAUUAUCUAAAUCUGAGUCCUUAUCUAAAUCUGAUUGCAAACCUCUGGAAAAUCUUUGGAAACAAAGUUAUUGCUAAGAAACACACUACAAAUAUUGAAGUGUGGAAGAGACAGGAAGAGGAUUGGACCAAGAUAACACCAGAGCAGUGUGAGAAACUAGUGAUGUCCUACGGCUGAAGAUUUGCUGAGGUCAUUCAAAACAAGAGUCAACAUUUCCUACUAAAUUUUUACAGCUACAGUGGUUACUGUUCUCUAAUUUUGAUGACAUGGAUAUGUUCCUGAGGACAUGAAGACCACAACAGUGAGGAUGUCAGUGUAGUGAGAACACUGAUGGAGGGCCAGAAGAGAGAAGAGGAAGGUGACAGAGGUGUGCCUUACAGGUGGCAGGGUUACUCAUGUACUGUUAAACCAGAGAGGAUUUUCCUUUCACAGCCUGUGCGUCAGGCUGCACUGGGGACCAGGCAUGGAGUUCUACUGACAAAAGAUGGCCUUGUCUACAGCUUUGGGGAGCUUCCAUGGAAGCGAGACUUGAAGUCUCAGUCAGUAGAACCUGUGCUGGAAAGCUCUUUAACUGGCCACCAUGUGGUCCGUGUGUCUACAGGUAAUUUUCACUGCGGUGCUGUAACAGAAGAAGGGACAGUGCACAUGUGGGGUGAAAACUCCCAUGGUCAGUGUGGUAUCUAUGGUUUCAGUGUUGUCCCUAAUCCUACCCCUGUCAACAUUGUGGAUGAUGAAAUCGUCCCUCCUGAAUUGGUCCGGAUCCAGGAUGUGGCCUGUGGAGCGGAACACACAUUAGCUCUAUCAAGGAAGCAUGAGGUGUGGGCCUGGGGUAGUGGCUGCCAGUUGGGCUUGGUGACUACUGUGUUCCCUGUGUGGAAGGCAGAGAAAGUAGAGCAUCUAUCAGGAAGAUAUGUGGUCCAGAUUGUAUGUGGCGAGUUCCACAGCUUGGCUUUGGUUCGCUCACAGCCACGUCCAGAGUCCCUUCAGCAAUCUGAAGACAAAUGUGGCGAGUGCAAGCAGCCUAUUUACACUUUCAUUGACAAAGAUGAUCAUGUUAUUAUUUCUGACAACCAUUACUGCCCACUAGGGGUGGAACUAUCUGAUGCAAAGCAAGGCCAAAAAUCAAAUCAGGAAUCUCCAGUCUUGGUGCGAAAAACGGAGACGUCAGCACAUGGUUCCCAGAGUUUUGUAGUGUUGCCUGGAGAUUUCUGCCCAAGUGAGAGUCCUCAGAAUAAAUCUCACAGUAAUGACACAGCAGGUGAUAAGGAUGUCGAUCGCAAUGAUCCAGCAGCUGCUGACACUACACCUGACAGCUCAGAUAGUCAGCAGGGAUGCCAUACUAGAAGCAAAAGCUCUCUUUACCCUGAUGAACAGGCUCUGAAGGACUAUCUCAAGAGGAUCUCUGAACAGUCCCAAUCAGAGCAGUUUGAGGCAGGGUUCAUGAAGGGCUCACGUCAUGGUUCACAGCCACCAAGUCGCCAGACAUCGCUCAAGGAUUCUUACAGACAGGACCAGGACAUCAAACCUACAUUUCCUUCAUUGCCACCACUUGACAUGAGCAAUGAUAUUAAAUCCAACCUUUCAGAUGAUAUUGCACUGCAGCCGUUACAAGACUCAGUCACAGAUUCUGUGAGUCGUGGCUCAUCUGAAGACAUGGAUAUUUCUACUGAUGUUUUAACAUGUAAUAGCUGUGAGGAGGUCUCUGAUGAAAGCUUCUCGACUGAUAGACACCUCUGUCCACAUAAGUUACUAGAAGCCAAGAAGAGUGUCAGCCUGACAGACAUAAGGCUUGAUUAUACAGAUGGACAUAGUCGUAGGCGAUCAUUACCUGGCUUACUGUCACCAGUAUCUCCAGCAGUAUUGCUUAGGUGCAACCUUGCCAAAGCCGGAGCAAUCAACUCAACAGCCAUCGGCAACUCAGAGAAGGAAAAUCUCCUUCAGUCUCUCGCUACGGAGGUGUGGACUUGGGGAAGAGGUCAAGAAGGUCAGCUAGGUCAUGGAGACACCUUGCCCAGGUUACAGCCACUAUGCAUUAAGAGCUUAAGCAAAAAGGAAGUUAUCAAGAUUGUUGCUGGAUCAUAUCAUUCUUUGGCCUUGACAGCUCAGUGUCAGGUUUAUUCUUGGGGUUCCAAUAAAUUAGGUCAGUUGGGUCACACGAACUCUCUUAGAACUGUGCCGCAGCAUGUGAAGAUGCCUGAUGGUAUUCGUGUGUGGGAUGUAGCAGCAGGGCAGACACACACGGUGCUGUUGGCUGAUGCAGACCGCUUAGAGCCCAUAUUGUAUUACAGUGGUGGGCAGAUGCAAGCACGGCAAGAGUCUCCUACUGCAACCUACACACAGACACCAACUCUGCUGCCCUUUUUUACGAAUCUUGGCUUUGUGAGCAGCAUUUUUGCUGGAGGACCGAACUGUGUUGCUCUGGUUGAUCGGAAUGUUAUGGGUUACAUUGCCACUGUGCACAAGAUGGCAACAGCAGAGAGAAAGUUCUACUGCAUGCUCAGCAGGGUGAAGAACCAAAUACUGCAUCCCAUACUGGCUCGGGACAGCGUGAGCUCCUGUUUGUCACGAACCUCUAUGCUGCUGUUCCAGACUAUGGCAGGAAAAUACAGUCGUUUGUGCCAUCUUAUAGGAAAGCAUGCCACCUCUCUCACAAACUUCUUACAGCAAAAGCCAGAUGUGAAAACUCUGGCCAUUUUGAAAAAUGCAGACCUUUUCUUAGACACCUAUAAAAAGCAUAGCAGUUCUGUAGGAAACUUCCUUGUCAUGGGUGGAUUCCAAUCACUGGUGAAGCCCUCGCAAGAGUGCUUUGGGAAAAAGCUUGACCUGGUAGAAAAACUGUUGGACCUAAAAGAGAAGAAACUCUCACCGAGUGAUCUGCUAGUAAACCUGUUUUACAUGCCGCUACAGUACCUGCAUAACUACAGUAGUCUUCUCAUGAACCUGGCCAAUUGCUUUGAUGUGAACUCUGCUGAAUAUCAGAUGAUACAAGAUUGCUGCUUACAAUAUGAGGUCUUGGCCCAACUUCUAAGCAAACAGAGGAAAGAGGCAGAGAGCACAUAUACUUUCUGGAGGACCUUUUCAGAAAAGAGCUUAGAGUCUCUGCGGAAGCCGACUCGGCGGCUGCUGUGUGAGAGUAUCAACAAGGGCUUGACGCUGCAGAAUGCUGGGAGAUUCUCAGUCAACUCGUUCUUCCUCUUCAACGAUGCCCUUGUUCAUGCACAGGGUACCAUUUCAUCUAAGAAGUUUUUUUCCUCUCAUCAUAUCUAUCUGCUUGCCACGCUCUGGGCGGAACCCAUUUCAGACGAAACUUUGGGAUUGUUGGGACUGAAGCUAACUACCCCUGAAGAAAACUUCACUUUGUUGGCAUCUUCACCUUUGGAGAAGGGGAAGUGGCUCAGGGCCAUUAACCAGGCUGUGGAAGAUGUGCUUGGAGUUGGUCAAGAUGGAAAUUCUUUCAGUUUGAGUGGCAGUCAGAGGGCCGAGACUCCUAUUUCCCGUACUGCCACUUACACAUUUACUAAAGAGGGCAGACUCAAAGAUGCCACAUACACUGGCCGCUGGCUCUCAGGCAAGCCUCAUGGCAGCGGCACCCUGAAGUGGCCUGAUGGCAGAGUUUACUGUGGCACAUUUAAAAAUGCACUGGAAGAUGGGUUUGGAGACUGUAUGAUGCCCAACAAGUCUUUCAGCAGGUAUGAUCGUUACAAAGGCCACUGGAAGGAGGGCAAAAUGCAUGGAUUUGGAACAUUUUGGUAUGCUAAUGGUGAGGUAUAUGAGGGCUCAUUUCAGGAGAACCUGCGUCAUGGCCAUGGCAUGCUGAGCAGUGGCAGACUGGCCUCUUCCUCCAGCAGUGUGUUUGUUGGCCAGUGGGUCCAUGACAAGAAAUCAGGCUAUGGCAUAUUAGACAACAUCACAAAAGGAGAAAAAUACAUGGGGAUGUGGCUGGAGGACCAGAGGCAGGGCAACGCGGUUGUAGUCACCCAGUUUGGACUAUAUUAUGAAGGAGAAUUUAGUAACAACAAAAUGAUGGGGACUGGGCUUCUGCUCUGUGAUGAUGACACUUCUUUGGAGGGAGCGUUUUCAGAAGACUGGACAUUGAAUGGGAAGGGUGUCCUGUCCAUACCUAACGGAGACUCUUUCGAUGGUAACUUUGUGGGCAAGUGGGGCGAUGAACUGAAAGUAACUGGGACCUUUACAAAGCUGUGCCUGUAUGAGACUGAGAAGACGGAGAAUAAAAACUUUGAGGUUGGUCGAUAUGCAGUUCCGGCUGACCAGAAAUGGAUAGCUGUGUUUGAGGAGUGCUGGAGUCGGCUGGGUUGUGAAACACCGGGAGUGGGAGAAAAAGAGAAAGCCUGGGAGAACAUCGCAGUUAUACUGACAACUAGCCGCAGACAGCAGUGUGACAGUCCACGGGCCCUGAGUCGCUCUCAGUGUAAGAUGCUGGAAAGUCUAGAGGUGAUCCCUAAGCAUGUCGGUCCUGUUACUGCUGAAACCUAUGACAUCAUCCGUCGCUACCUCAUCAAGGCAUGUGAUACUCCUCUGCAUCCUCUGGGCUGGCUGCUGGAGACACUGGUCACUGUGUACAGGAUGACUUAUGUAGGUGUGGGUUCUAACAGAAGGCUUUUAAAGCAAGCUGUGGAGGAGAUCCAAUCCUACCUUAAACGCAUAUUCCAACUGGUCAGGUUUCUUUUUCCUGGUCUUCCUGAAGAGGGUGGUUUUAUCCCGGAUUCAGAGUGGAGAACCAGCGACUUAGUGAGUGGCGGCACACGCUCGGACAUCACAGAGCAGGGCUGGAUUGUGAGUAGCAACACUUUGCUGCUUCCUGUAUUGUUACCUCGUCUCUAUCCUCCUCUCUUUACACUUUAUACACUUGAGAGAGAGAGCGAGGAGCUGGUGUACUGGGAGUGCGUGUUACGCCUCAACAAACAGCCGGACUUGUCUUUGCUCACCUUCCUGGGAGUGUCUCAAAAAUUCUGGCCAGUCUCAAUUUCUUUGUUAGGAGAGAUUAAGGAGGUGCUGCCUAACAGUAUGAAUGCUUGCUUUGCUACUGCUGUGGAGACUCUGCAACAGAUCAGCACAACUUUCACUCCUGCAGAUAAGCUUCAGGUCAUCCACCUUACCUUCGAGGACAUCACACAGGAAGUGCAAUCCAUGUUGGGCCAGAGCUUCCUCUGGUGCAUGGAUGACCUUUUCCCAGUCUUCCUCUACGUAGUUCUUCGUGCACGGAUCAGAAACCUUGGCACCGAAGUGAGUGUCAUAGAGGACUUCAUGGAUCCUGCUCUACAGCUUGGAGAACUCGGACUCAUGUUCACCACUCUGAAAGCUUGCUACUACCAGAUUCAGAGAGAGAAGACUACUGGCAUAUAAAAACAGAUAUCCUGCAGAUGUAAGUCUCAUCUUAAGUCAAGUCUUAGAGAAUGGACUGUGUUUUGGAUGCAGUGCAUUCAUGAUGAUAUGAUUUAAGCAACAGAUUGGAACGGUUUUAACGGAUUUAGAGGAGAGGACCCUACACUGACGUGAAUCCAGCACCUUUAUCACACUCACCUUAUUGAUUUUAGUUGCUUUUAAAUGAAUGAAAGUUGUAUAAUUAACUAUUUUGAUGAAAGUGGAGGUUGUUUGUUACUUGACCACAAAGGGAGUUGUUUUACUACUGAAUCAGUUUUUAUGCUUGUGAUUCAUGUAUAGUUUUGUAGUGAAUUCCUGAAUGGUGGUUUUGGUCCAUUGAUUUGUUACACUGUAUAUUACUUAUUAGCACUACUUACUUUAUUUAAACUGAACGGUUAAUAAUGCAUUAGGAAAGAACCAGCACAAUUGUAACAUGCUUGUGUUAUCUAAAUGCACCCGUGACUUCUUUGCAUGCAAAAAAAAGUGUGUCACUUUUAUAUAAAAACAAAAUGCAUUUUUUUCAGUCUUGAAGGAGAUAUUUGCACAAAAACCGGAAAACUUAAAAAACAAAAAAAAAACAGAUUUUUUUAAUAUAAAUUUUACCCCAGACACUUAUCUCUGUGUGAACUGUUUAGUUUUCAAAGAUUGUGCAUGUUGCCUAUGUCUGUAAGCUUAAAAGAAACCUUGAGUAUAACAUGCAGUACAGUUCUAGGUUCAUUCAGGAAGAGGUAGGUCUUAAAUAUUGUUUGAAGACAGCCAGUGAAUCAGAUGUUCAGAUACCUAGGGAAAGUUCAGUCCACGAGUGAGGUGCCAGAACAGAAAAGAGUCUUGAUGCAGUCCUAUCUUAUACACUGCAAGAUGGUGGAAUCAGUCGAGCUUUGCAUUAUCAGUAUGUUACAAUACAUUUUUUUUUAAUUGGAUAAUUGUUCAGUACACACUCUUUCAUUACAUAAUAUUAGUUACUUCAUAUUUUCCAAGAUACACUCCAAGAUAUUUCACACAGAACAAAGAAUGAUUGAUGAUGUAUAUCCAAGUGUUUUUGAGUGGUGUUACAAUUAAUCCAUGUAAUGUUACAAUUGGGAAACUUUUCCAGGCCAUUAACAAGACACUUCUUUUGAAAUUGUACUGUACUUGCUGAUGCCUUCUGUAAACUGGCAGAUGAUAAAAGAACAUAUGAAAGUAUGAAUUCUUUCAUUUGAAUAAUGGUUGUCAAUUUAUUUGAAACCAUGAUUACAAUUGUGCUGACACUUUUCUAUAUUUGUAACUGGCCUGCAAUUAUCAAUUGGUUCAAUUUGGAUAAAUUAAUAUUUGUAGGUGAUUUAAACAGUCUUUAUUGCUUAUUGACUUAGAAUUGUUAUUUUUAUUUGUAUGCUAAAAUGCAGACUUAUUUAUUAGAAAAUGAAUAUUUUUUAUCAACUGGCACUGUAUAGAAUAUCAUUCGAUUUCUUUACACUCCUUUGUAAAAAAAAAAAAAGAAGAAGAAGAAGAAGAAGUGUAGCAUUCUUGACUAAUAAAACUAGUUACAGGUAUUAGGUUUUAUAGAGGCCAAAAACGAACAAAUAUAUUAAUUCAAAGCUCAGGUCACUGCAAAUAAAAUUGCCAAAUUUGGUUUGUCUCCUGUGCAUUUCUUAAUGCCUCACAUGUCUUAACAAACAGCUGCCAGCUGAUUACCCAAUAUUGAUAGGCCAUCACAGUGCAAUCAACAUGAAAGAUGAUUUCAGAUGUGAUGACUGUAUGUGCUGAGGCUAAACAUGCUGGUAGACUCGGUGUCUAAAUCAUGAUAUCGUGAUAUGACAGGAGCAAACUACAUGCUUCAUACUGUACCUCUGUACACAUACCACAGCACUUGCUACUGUUCACAACUGUAUUCACAAUUGAUUUCUGUUUAUACCUUUUUACUUGGUUGUUAUUUGAUAUUAGUUAUUAGUUAUUUUGAUUAGUUUUUUUUUAUUAUACGAAUGUAAAGUAAUUUAGCAAAUACUGGAUAUAUAUUUGUAUGCACAUGUGUAUCUGUAUUUGCAUGUGUUAAUGCAAAUUGUCUGUUAUAUGUAAUGAGUGACUACUGGAAAAGCUUAGAUAUAAACAUGCCUAUAUACUUA